CAUGACGGCCACGUGGGUGGUGGAGAGCAUGGCCUGCGCCAACGCCAUCAACCACUGCCGACGCAUGAAGCAGCUCAAGAAGAGGGGCCAGGUAGCCGACGAACUAGUGAGUCGCACACUAGAAAAUGCUGAAGCUGACCAGCGAUCGACCGACACCUCCGAAGACCACGACGAUCACGAUGAAGAGCUUCCCCUUAUCACAGAUGGAGUCAUUGAAAGAACUGUCGGGGAAUAUUAUGCGAUCCAGGAGCAAAUCGAGAUGGGGCAGAUGGCGAAAUUGUUUUAUUCUACAGUGUGGGUUAAGGUUUUUUACAUCGUACUCUGUGUAUACCUGUAUGGAGAUCUUGCCAUAUAUGAAGCGGCAGUUGCCAAAUCUCUCAGAGACAUAAUCUGCGACUACGUGCCAGAGAACUGCACCAAGGAACUGUUAGACUCCGACCCAUGUUUCACCGAUCCCAGCCGGUCCCACAUGUCCAGAAUGGAAAUGUAUAGAAUCUGUACUUUCAGCUUUGUUGGGGUCAUGGGUCCCUUUGUCUUCUUCAAUCUCACGAAGACCAAGUACAUGCAGAUCUUGACUACCAUCACAAGGUGGCUCGCGAUGGGCACCAUGAUCACGUGGGCCAUUGUGCUCUUGGCGGAAGGGAAGAACCAAGGUCACCCCCCUGCGGCCGAUAUCACCAAGCUCCCUCAGUUGUUUGGGGUGUGCGUAUAUAGCUUUAUGUGUCACCAUUCCUUACCAGCACUCAUUACGCCAAUAAGUGAAAAGAAGUCUAUUUUGAAGCUGUUAGGUGCAGAUUACUUGUUGAUUCUUCUGUUCUACUUGCUGUUGGCUUUUACUGGGAUCUUUGCCUUUGCACAUCUAAAUGACCUUUACACCCUGAACUUCCAGCCAGACAGGUGUAAAGAUGUUGAUACGCCAAUGGCUAUUUACUGUCUUCAGGUAUUCCUUCUGCUGUUUCCAGUGUUUACCCUGAGCACCAACUUCCCCAUCAUAGCCAUCACACUGCGGAACAACCUCAAGGGUCUCUUUCUGAGGGAAACGCGGCGCUACUCCUUCUUCACCUCGCGAUGCCUCUUCCCGCUCCUGGCCAUCAUCCCGCCCACAAUCAUAGGCCUGGUCACCUCCAACGUGGAAUUCCUGGUGGGAAUCACAGGGGCCUACGCUGGCUCCAUCAUUCAGUAUGUUGUUCCUGCGACUUUGGUCCAUUACGCGAGAAAGAUGACCCUAGAGCACAUCGGCAUGGGGGUGAAGAACCCCUUUUCCUCUCCCCUUCAGCAUUACAUGUGGCUCGUUGCCAUAUGCUUGUGGGCAGGCGUGUGCCAAAUCUUCGUGACGUUGUAUUUGGUGGGGAAGGGCUCGUAUUAGGUGUGUAAGGAAAGAUGAUUUAUGUGCUUGUCACACUGUAUAUAUCCACUGUAUAUACUGUAUAUACAAGUUUCAUAUUCUACAAGAAAUACACAGUAUAGGAGUGAAUGUGUAUAGAUUUUCAGCAUUUUUAGAGAUAUUUUAUAUAGAUGAAUUGGGUAUUGCAAUAUUAUGUUAAUCACAUAGUUAUGUGAAGAACCUUACAGAUUUUAGUCUUUUGGACUCAAAAAUACAAAUUCAAUGAGAUAAAUUCCUUUUGUUUUAAAAGUGCGUUAAUCUGUUGUUGGUCAACUUUGUGAUUUUUUUUUUUUAGAUGAACUAUCAUCCAUUGUUUUUUGAUAGGGAAAUAAAGCAAUGGGUAAUGUGCAUUACCUAUUUGCCAGACCAAAGAAAGUUAAAAGAGGGAAAACAGUAAAGUAAUGAUCAUUUGUGUGAAACAUAUGUAGAAGAAAAAGACAAUGUUUUUAUUUUCUUUUGACAACUUUGGCUCUAAAAGUGCCAGUCUUCCUAGCUUGGUAAAACUACUGCUUUUGUUAAGCCUUUUGGUUUUCAUGUAAAGUAUUAACCCCUUCCUGAUGGGUCACACCGUGAGGCGUCAAGACAAACCGCUCGAUCUGUGGCCAAAGCGCUACGAGCUGGUGAUUUGGCUUGAUGUACCAAACUCCCAUGCUCAAAGUCAGCGCAUUGCCAUUGAUCGCCAGAGCGUAGAGUUUUUUUCCAAUUUUCUUCACCCGUCACCAAGGGGUUAAGAAUGAGAAUGAAAAUAGUAAUAUUAUUAUUAUUAUUUUUUUUAUAAGUUGAUAGAUACUGAAGAAUAUAAGAGAAGAUUCCAUUUGAAUUUUAGAACUACAAGUGAAAAAAGAUGAAAUGUCUUGUCGUAAUGUGAUUUUUUUUUAAAUAAAAAAGAGAUAGAUAAUAAAUGUAUCAAACUGUACUUUUUAACAAAGGAAAGAAAUAAUAGUACAAAUACUCUUUUUUUCUUACUAUUAUUAUUGUUACUUGAAUAUAUUAUUCAUUUGAUAUCUAUUUUAACCCAAAGCCUCUGGGAAAAUGUGGUGUUCAAUGAAGUAUUGUUUUGUGAAAUGUCUCUACACACAGAUGUCUCUGCAAGUGCUUAACCACACAGGAGUCAAUUAGUAGGCCUUUUGACUUUACCUGAUUUCACCUCUCCUUGAGUUUGCACGAUAAACAUUUUUUUACUGAUACUUUCAAUAUUGAUAUUGAUAUUUUUAUUAUAGACAUUAUUUAUUUUAGUGUUAUUGACCUUACUAACAGCAGUAUUAGAUACUGGAAAAUAUUUUUGAAAAUCAACGAAAAGGGUAAACAGGUGAGACAGGUAGUAUACCUAAUUGGCUCCAGUGAGUACUUGUGGAGCUGCGUAUGUGUAAACACAAUUGAUAGAUUAAACUCUCAGUGGGCAUGGCAUGCACAUACAUGCCAUCUCCGGUGGCUUUGGGUUAAAUUUCCUUUUAAAAUGGCCCAUAUUUUCUUCAGAUAGAGCCUAUGAACAUGACUAUGUACCUUUGGUGCUGGAGAUGGUGGAGAAAUAUUCACACAUGAAUCAGGUUGAUGUGUAAGGGAGGCAGAAAGAAAUUGUUUUUGUGACUUGAUAUGAUAGUAUCUUUA